AACAUCAUAAUUCAAACUUAAAAGGGUACAAGGGAAUAUACCCAGGUGUUCCGGAAAGGUAAGCGGCUUUUGUUUAUCGAUGACACCCGCCAUGUCAAUAUAAGUCGAAUUCAAGUACUUUUAUGUACUAAUACCGAUAACUCGGACAGCGACAAUAGAACCACAAGCAAUCUAUUGAGCUAGGACGCUGUGUGUAUGGAAAUGUUGCUUUGUAUUCAAAGGUUCGUGGGAAAGGAGAGGAACGUUUACUUGACGUUAUACAGUCUCUUCAGAAGAGCCAGGAUGAACACCCUGAACAAACGCUGACGUGUCACGGACAAUGUUUUAAGGAAAUGUGUGAAUCAGCUUUGUCUUUGCUGAGGACCAGGGAUUGGACCGUAGCUUGGGAGAGGUUGGAUGAUGUGCCGGGUGAAAUACAUCAAUUAGGAACGAUCACUGAGGAUAUGUUUCUACGGUCACUGGAAACGAAACAAGUGCAGACAAAAUACAUUCGAUUGAUGAUAGUAGGAGAUGUAGGGGUUGGGAAAACAACACUAUGUUUAAACCUGAUUGACGAAAAAGAAGCUGUCUGCCCUACAGACGGAAUAAACGUGUUUAUUCAAAAUUACCUAGUUGAUAUGAAAACAGGAAAAUGGCGGAAACUCUCAAAUGAAGAUAUACAUAACCUUCCAACGAAGCUACUGUCUACAGUAUGUAGAGCAGAAACAACGACCGAAAACAAAAACAACGCAGAAACAACGACCGGAAACAGAAACAUCGCAAAAACAACAAGUGAAGAAGAGGAGAUAGGAACUGAAAUAGAGUACAGUGACUCACAAAAGCAAGAAUCAGAUGGUCCAUCCCCUCCAGACAAAAGGCGAAGGUUAGAUUCAGAGAAAAUGAGAAAUGCCCUAAAAGGAGUCAACACAAGUGGUGUCAUUAAAGAUGACGAUGCUUUCCUUUCCGUUUGGGAUUUUGCUGGUGACGAGAUCUACGAGGCAACACAUCAUAUUUUUAUGAGCCCUGACGCUGUGUACAUCAUUGUGUUCAACUCGGCAGCAUGCCUAGCAGAGGAAAGUCACCUGGAUAAGUUAUAUACCUGGCAGGAAGUCAUCAGAACAUAUUCAACGAGCUCCGUUGAAAAAGAGGCCACCAACAAGACGCCCCCAAUAAUAAUCGUUGGGACCCAUUUGGACAAAAUAGGCAGUUCAGUAUGUGUUAUAUAUGUAAGAUGUAGCCUAACGCAAUGACUCAUUCUUCGUAGAUCUCACCCAUUCAAUGUUUUUGUAAAGAGAAACUUCAGAAUCCGAUUUCCUUUUCUCUCAAAUGAAAAUCUUUAUAACACAAUAUCGUUUUAUUUUAGCACGUUGAUGAACAAAAAUUAACAGGUGACAUAGAAUGCUUGAUUAAUCUAAGGGUAGAUGUCACUUUUAAUUACUGGUUUAUAAAAGGAACACUGAAGUAAGAUAACAAAAUAAUCAAAACAAACAAUCAACACCGCCUGAUCUAUAAACAUUUCUCAUACAUUUUUAUUCUAAAUUGAUACCAGCAUUACUGUUUUUGAAGAACGUAUAUAGCUCUGUUUAGGUAUUUCCAAAUUUGCCUUCGGUAAGUAAGAAUGGAUUAUAUACAUGUCCGAAUAGCAGCACCAGCGAUAUUCUUGUUUGUGACGUUUCGAUUAUUACCGGGCCUUAAACAACGCUAACGACCCAGUUGGUUCGAUCUCGUAGUCCUUUUAUUUUAGGGCUUAACCCGAGCAAACAACCCUGAAAAUACAAAUACAAAUAAA